CAUGCGCGCCAUCUGCUUCCGGCCUGCGAGUUCGGUGUUCCGCUCUUAUGGGCCGGGUGGAUUUCCUGCCCUGCUUUUCUUUCUCCUGGUUGAUCUGUGUGCGAUGGCUCUGGACUCGGAUCCCUUCCCUGAAGGGCCUCUCUUAAAGCUGCUACCCCUAGACGCUAGAGACCGGGGCACCCAGCGCUGCCGGCUGGGCCCGGCCGCCUUCCACGCCCUGGGCGCGCGCUUGGGCUCGGCAGUGAAGAUCUCGCUACCCGACGGCGGCUCCUGCCUCUGCACUGUCUGGCCUCGGCGGGACGGAGCAAACGGCUUUGUGCAGCUGGACCCGCUGUGCGCGAGUCCCGGGGCGGCGGUCGGGGCGCCGAAAUCCCGGAGGAGUCUCAGCCUAAGCCACCUCCUCCUAGUGCCCUGUCCGCCCCUGCGGCGCGUCUCCGUGUGGCCGGUGUUGCGAGAGCUGGCGGGCGCACCUGGUGCCCCGAAUACAGCCGAGGUGCUGGAGGCGGCGCAGGAGCUGCUGAGAAACCGACCUGUCUCCCUGGGCCACGUGGUGGUCGCUCCGCCGGGCGCUCCUGGCCCGGUGGCUGCCUUGCACAUCGUCGGCGGAACGCCCAGUCCCGAUCCCGCUGGGCUCGUCACCCCUCACACUCGCGUCGGCCUUGGCGGGGAGCCUCCGUCGGAAGCCCAGCCGCAGCCCGAGGUGCCCCUGGGAGGUCUUUCGGAGGCGGCCGACUCGCUGCGGGAGCUCCUCCACCUUCCGCUCCGCUACCCGCGCGCCCUGGCCUCGCUGGGCUUAGCGGUGCCCCGCGGGGUGCUCCUGGCGGGGCCCCCCGGAGUGGGCAAGACCCAGCUGGUGCGGGCCGUGGCGCGCGAGGCGGGUGCGGAGCUGCUGGCAGUCAGCGCCCCCGCGCUCCAGGGUUCCCGGCCUGGGGAGACCGAGGAGAACGUGCGGCUGGUCUUCCAGCGCGCCCGGGAGCUGGCCAGCCGCGGGUCCAGCCUCCUCUUCCUGGACGAGGUGGACGCUUUGUGUCCCCGGCGGGGCGGUCGAGCACCCGAGAGCCGCGUAGUGGCCCAGAUGUUGACGCUGCUGGACGGCGCAAGUGGGGACCGCGAGGUCGUGGUUGUGGGAGCCACCAACCGGCCGGACGCUCUAGAUCCAGCGCUGCGUAGACCCGGGAGAUUUGACCGAGAGGUGGUCAUUGGGACUCCCACACUUAAACAAAGAAAGGAAAUUCUGCAAGCGAUUACCUCAAAGAUGCCCAUCUCCAGUCAUGUUGAUUUGGGCCUUCUUGCAGAAAUGACAGUUGGCUAUGUUGGUGCCGACCUGACAGCACUCUGUAGGGAGGCUGCCAUGCAUGCUCUCCUUCAUAGUGAGAAGAACCAGGACAAUCCUGUGAUUGAUGAAACAGACUUCCUUGAAGCUUUUAAAAAUAUUCAACCCUCAUCAUUUCGAAGCGUCAUUGGAUUGAUGGAUAUCAAACCUGUUGACUGGGAGCAGAUUGGUGGCCUUGAAGAUGUAAAACUGAAGUUAAAACAGAGCAUUGAGUGGCCUCUGAAAUUCCCUCGGGAAUUUGUUAGGAUGGGCCUGAUACAACCGAAGGGAGUUCUCCUCUAUGGGCCCCCUGGAUGUGCUAAAACCACUCUGGUGAGGGCCCUGGCCACAAGCUGCCACUGCUCUUUUGUUUCAGUGAGUGGAGCUGAUCUGUUUGCACCAUUUGUUGGAGAUUCAGAAAAAUUCUUGUCUCAGAUAUUUCGACAAGCAAGAGCAAGUACUCCAGCAAUUGUGUUUUUGGAUGAAAUUGAUUCAAUCUUGGGAGCUCGCUCAGCCAGCAAGACAGGAUGUGAUGUUCAAGAACGAGUUCUUUCUGUUCUCCUGAAUGAAUUAGAUGGUGUUGGACUUAAGGCAAUAGAGAGAAGAGGAAGUAAAUCAAGUCAACAGGAGUUUCAAGAAGUUUUUAACCGAAGUGUCAUGAUUGUUGCAGCAACAAAUAGACCUGAUGUGUUAGAUACUGCUUUGUUACGACCUGGAAGAUUAGAUAAGAUCAUCUAUAUCCCACCUCCAGAUCACAAGGUAAUCAUUGUAAACAUUUACUCUGUGUGAGCUCAGCAGAAUGGAAUUCCAGUCUGGAUAUAGGUGUCCAUGGUGUUCUACUCACCCUGGGUUCUACCUUCUUCCUUGCCUUCCUUCCUUCCUUCCCUUCUUUCCCUUCGUUCCUUCCUUCCUUUCAUUGCAUCAUAAUUUUGAUCUGCCUUUGUUGGAUACUCUGAUCCUGUUCACAGAGAAACAUAAGCCUAAAUGUAAGGUGGUUAUUGUAUGUGUUGUGGCAGACUCUAAAUACAGAGUCAACUCAGCAUUAUUUUGCAACUAGAGUGGAGGAAUCGUAAAGUGUUAAAAGAGCUUUGAAGAUUGAGUCAGCAUCCUUAUAGUACAGUGCAGAAGGUGGAAAUCACAGAGAUUAUGCUGUGUAUCGUGGUCAACCAGUAAAUUUGUUGUCCUUAAAGUACAAUGCAGAAACCUGAGAUUACAGAGAUUAUGCAGUGUAUCAUGGUCAACCAGUACAUUUUUUGUCGUUAACAUCCAGAGCCACUGACAGGGAGGGCGAAAGGCACAGAGUGAAUUUUUUUGUUCCUUGAGUUUUUAUCAAGUUUUGAAGGGAUAGAAAAAUAAAAUUUAGGCCGGGCGCGGUGGCUCAAGCCUGUAAUCCCAGCACUUUGGGAGGCCGAGACGGGCGGAUCACGAGG